AUGACCGACCUGAGCGCGGCGUCGCUGUCGCCGAGACAGCCGUUUACGACAGCGACCUCGAACUCGAACUCGAACUCGAACUCGCCCUCGAACACGACCUCAACCUCGGAACCAAACCCGACCCCCCCCAACUCGACCCCCCUCCCUCCGGCUGCAUCGGUGGCGUCGGCUCCGCCGGCCAAGCGGCGGUCUCUGCUCUCACGGCUGGCCUUUCCGCUGCGACCAUCGGUUCGAACGGUGGCCGACUUUCACAUCCAGGCAGCCGAGCCACAUCGCCAAUACGUGGCGGGCGAUCAUGUGCUGGGCGCGGUGGUGGUGACUGUGCUGAAGCCGCUGCGCAUCACACACCUGGCCGUGUCGCUGCGCGGACUCGUGCGCGUGUUCAAGGACCCCAGCGCCGCCGCAGCCGCAGCCAGCGCACCCUUUUUCACCUCGGCCUUUCUGUCAUCGCCGUCAGCCCCGUCCUCUUCGUCCUCGGUGGCCUCGUCCUUUCUCGGCAACGGCCACGCCGUCCUCUUCCGCGACGAGAUCGUGCUCUGUGGCGCCGGCCGGCUGGAGCCUGGCCGCUACGAGUUCGGCUUCGACCUCAUCUUCCCGUCCGACGGACUGCCCAGCAGCAUUGACUUCGAGCGCGGCUCCAUCGCCUACGUCGUCACGGCCACGCUCACACGGCCGACCCCCGUGGCCCCGACACAGUCGUGCGAGCGCAAAGUCUUCCUCGUCCAUCCAGUCGACGUCGGCGCCGUGUCUCGACCGCUGCCGCGCACCAUCUCGCUCGAGCCGAUCUCGAAGCGGUCCCGCAAGCGCAAGAUCGUCGUCACCCAGCAGCAGCGCCAACAGCCGGCCGCCGUGGCUGCGUCUGCCACCCCUCGUCUCGCACCACAGCAUCCAACGUCCACGCCCCCCCAGUCGCCGCGCGCCGACACGAUCGCCCUGUCCGACCUCGGCUCUGUGCGCGGCAGCAGCAGUCAUGGCGGCCGGCUGUCGGCGGAGGCGCCCUCGGUGGCCGCAGCGUCGUCGCGCAGCCCGGCCACUGACGUCCGCAGCGACAUCAGCACCGAGAGCGUGGCCAGCGCGGCAACGAGCCCGAGUGCCGGCAGCAGCAGCGGUGCGAACACCGGCACCGUUCGGCUAGCAAACGCGUCGGGCAGCGGCCUGGAUGAGCGGACCAUCACGGCCACGAUCGAGCUGCUCAAAGGCGGGUGUCUGCCAGGUGACGUUGUCAGCGUCAAGGUGUCGGUGCAGCACGUGAAGCGCCUCAAGAGCCUGCACGGCGUGGUGGUGACGCUGUAUCGACAGGGACGGAUCGACUCGGCGCCACCUGCAGCCAUGUUUUCGUCGGCCGAGGGAACUGCUACUGCUGCUGCUGCUGAAGGCAAUGGAGACGAUAGCGAGCAGCAGCAGCAGCAGGAAACAGAGGCCGAUGAGGAGACGUCGAAGCAGAAGAAGAAGCAACAGAAACAGCAGAAACAACAGAAACAACAAAAGCAAAGACAACCGAAACAAAAACAGCAAAGGCAGCAGCAGCAGCAACAACAACAACAACAACAACAACAACAACAACAACAACAACAACAACAGGACCGAGCGGCAGCCCACGAUUACUACUACCCCAAGUCCAAGACCGGCCUGGGCGGGCUCUCGCUUACGUCGGCGGGCUCGUGCAGCGUGUUUCGCAAGGACCUGUCGCAGUCGUUCAGCCCGCUGAUCAUCGACCCACGCACGCUGCAGUCGAGCGUGACGGCGUCGGUGCGCGUGCCCGAAGACGCCUUUGCCACCAUCCGGGGCGUGCCGGGCGAUAUGAUCAGCUUCAAGUACCAGCUCGAGGUGAUUGUCGACCUGGGCGGCAAGCUGGCCACACUGCUGCAGUCGGGCGGGAGCGGCGGUGACGGGGGGACUGGGACCGGGGGAGGGAUUGGGGUAGGGGUCGGGGCCACGGCCCUUGAAGCCACACCCAUCACCCUGCCCUUUUGGGGUGCCAGCGGCAGCAGCACGACCAGCAGCAGCCGCCACAUGAUCGACACGGACCAGCUGCGGCGGCAAAAGGGCGUCAUCUACGUCGCCUUUGAGGUGGUCGUCGGCACGACUGACAGUGGCCGACAACGUCGUCGUGGACUCUCGCGAACAGCAGCUACGGCGGAGGAGCAGCAAACAGUCCCGACAGAGCCACCCCCAUUCUCACCACAGCCCGGAGGCAUCUGGUAUCCGGAUGACAGCAAGGGUAGCCAGGGUGGCCAGGCUGCCACAGCAAGCAGUUCCGGGCCAACCGCUGCAGGCUAUCCUCCGUAUGGCCCUCCACCCGAUGGCCCAGACGACGAUAGCGGAGGCCGACACCUGACGUAUUCGCUGCCGCCGCCGCCAUCCGCCAGCGUCCCCCAAUACGUUCCCACGGCCACGAUGCGGACCGCAGACGACGGCCUGACCGAGAAGGAGCGGAUUCGACGCGCCGGGCAGCGCCUGCUGCCGAGCCAGCCGGACGAUAUCCAUGUUGAGGCCGGCGGCUCUGCGUCUGGGCCUGCUGCUGCCGUGACGGUCGCCGGUGCCUCGGCUCCGUCGGCGGCCGUGCUGGGCGAAGACCGCUACGACUGCUACAGCUACGAAGGUCCGUCAGCAUCGCCCCCGGCACAGCCGUCCGAGGACAAGCAGGAGCUGGAGCGCCAGCGGCUGCUCGCCGAGGCCAGCGCGCCGCCCGAGUUUCCCGAAGACUACGACUUUGCCCGCGAAGGUGGCGGCAGCAGCAGCAGCUGCCGGGACAGCCGGCUGGCCGUGGCGCCACCGCCGUCAUCACAAGGCCCGUCCGCACCCAUAAUAGACGAUGACGGCGACGAGGUCCGCUACGGACGCAACUACGCCUACGCGCCCGAAGCAGAGGCACCGGAAACAGCACCAUCGACGUCCAGAACAGACACGGGGCCGCCCGGCAACGGCAAGCAGCCGGCAGACGAGCCGUUGCCGCGCUAUGAGCGGUGA